AUGAGGCUGUCCACAGCCUCUGGAUCGAAAACUUGCUCGCAGACAGCUGGACUGCCAGAAGGGCUCUUCCACCUAAGCUCACAGCUGCAUCAGCAGGCCAUUUCCACUAAGGAAAGGGAAUCAUAUUGUAGGUCUGCGAUCCAGAACCACCACUCUUUCAACCCCUUUGAUGAUGCAAGUGUGGGUGAUGACCUGCUUCCUGCUGGAACUGAGGAUUAUUUCCUUAUAAGAAUUCAACAGAGAAACAGGAAGACCCUGACAAUUGUCCAAGGGAUCACUGGUGAUUACAAUAAAAAGAAACUAGUGAAACAACUUCACCAAAGUACGUUUAAGAAAUUUGCUUGCAAUUGUACUGUAAUUGAACAUGCAGAAUAUGGAGAAAUAAUUCAGCUACAAGAUGACCAAUGCAAGAAUAUAUGCCAGUUCCUGAUAGAAAUUGGACUGGCUAAGGACGAUCAGCUGAAGAUUCAUGGAUUUUAA